AUGGAGAGUCUCGAAAGAAGUCUCAAUAACAUUAACAUAGACGACGGACCAUGGCGUCCGCACGAGCAACCGCCCGUCUGGAGCAAUAACGGCGGUGUCCAGCAGCAACAGCGCGUGUGGGGAGCUCCCGGACAGCAGUUUCCAAACCGAUCGCCGUGGCAACAAGAUCCGAAUGACAUUGGUGCGUGUAGUAUAGUGUAAUUGGUUGGCCGCCAGGAGAAUAAGUUGUCUGAUUGUUAGGGCGGCAGAAUUGGGUGAUUCUGUGUUGGACAUUGAGAAAAAGUGAUCGCCCUGUCAUUCGCAUUACUUUACAGAGCAAAAUGUCAACGAAGCCCUGGGAUUGAGUGGAACUGCUAGCAGCCAGAGCCAAUGGGGACCACCCAUACCAAACUCGGACUACGACAAACAGAUCUGGGGAGACCCGCUGAGCGAUGUACCCUAUCCACCACCGCCACAUGCACGUAAGUAGUGAGAAUAUGAGAAACCCUUCUGAACAGCUUUUUACCAGCAUUCGGCGCAUUGAACGGAGGAAUUGGAGGACCGCCGACAGAGUGGUCUCUGGGCUCGCAACCCUCGCACCCAGUUUGGAGCAACGGGGGUAUGGGAAAAGAAACGGACGACUUCUGGAAGCAACAGCAGCCGCAGCAGCAACAGCAUUACCCAAUGCCACUUCUCCAAGGAGCGUGGGGAGGCCCGCGGGGCAUGAAUCACGGACCGCCAGGACAACAGCGAGGAGGAAUGAUGCAACAAGAUUACCAGGGCGGCUGGGGUGGUCCCAACAACAUGGGCGGCAAUAAGCAGAUGAGCCGACCUUGGGGAGACAAUAAUCGCGGCAUGUCGGGCAUGUCGUCUCGAAACGGCCGCCCCAACAACCAGAACCAAGGGCGGUACGGCGGAAUGGGUGUCGACGUGUCGGUACCGCCGCCGAUGGACAUGCACAUGGGAGGCAUGGGCAUGCGGAACAUGGGACCGCCAACUGGUGGACAUGGAAACUGGAAGAACAGCGGUGGCAACGGGGGAAGCGGACACCGCAACUACAACAAUCGCGGCGGUGGCGGCGGAAUGAACCACGGAAGCCAGAGCAGUCAGGCAGGAAGCAUGUGGAACGGCAGCAGCAGCAACGGUGGCGGCGGUGGCAACAUGCAGUACAUGAGCGAGCAGUCGUACACAAACUCGACGUUCACCAUCGGAGGAGCUUCCGAUGAUUUGACUCUCUCCGUCUGGCAUGACCCGAACGGAGAGCUCAAAAAGUGGCAGAGAGACACCGGAGUGUCGUACUGGGGAGAUCCGGAGAAGCAGAGUGAGAACAUAUCCACAAUCGUCAGGGCAUUUCACCUUUUUUUCAGCCGAUCGUUCCAUCAACCUGUGGCUCGUGCCAGAAGGCGCUGACGAAGACUUGGAAUCCGCGUUGAACCGGUGCCCAGUGCCACAGAAGAAAGUUCCGGCGACCGGCACUACUCCUGCUGCUGGUGACUUUACAGAGUUGCAGGCCGAGGAGAACAACCGUUUCCCGUUCCCAGUUCCACCCAAGCGGCCAAUUGUGGUUACCGGAUGGGGAGAGCUGCCGGAGAACGAUCCGAACAACCCGAACAAGAAUGGUAAACACUUGAAACUAACAAAGACCGUUCAGUAUAAUCAUUUUCUCUUCCAGAAUCGACCAUCUUCGACGAGCCGAACAGAUGGAACGACCUGAACACGGAGACCAACCCGUGGUACCUGCCGAACCAGAACUCGUCGACGUUCACCAGCGACACCAACACCGGCUCGUGGGUCCAAGGAGGUACUAUCCCACUAACUGAGCCCGGAAACGUACAUCAUGGCGCUGUCGCAGAAAUGCUCAAAAGUGCUGUCGAGAAAGGAUAUCUCGAUCAAAGUGUGACAAUGUUGGCCAACUUGCCGCCGCAGGUCCUCCAAUACGUCAACUUGUUGCUCGUCAAGAUUCCGGCGCUUGACAGCGUCGAGAAUGAGUUGAAGGCUGUCGUGGAGAGCUCGCGUCCAGACGAGUCCACUGAGAUUGAUCCGCAGAAUCCGCAAAAGUACAUGAACGAUAGCCAGAAGGUGAGCGGCAAAAAAUUAUCAGAAUCAUUAUUAUAUUAAUUAUAUUUUAGCUCGAACACAACCGCUUGAUCAUUGAAGUGACCACCGCCAAGAUCGAGGUUCAAGAAUACUCCAAAAAGGUCAACCGCGCUCUUCUCGAGGCCGGCAUCUUGCAGCCGCAAGAGCAACGUGCUCCACCAUCGUCGGAGGACUAUCACUACUCCUUCCUCGAAUAA